CAUAAAUAACGUGACAUUAAGUUUAAAGAGUGAAUUAUUUAACGCUAUAUAUGAAUGGUUUGAUUGUUUGUCAGUAAAUACUGUAUUGAAUAGUGUUUUGGCAUUUAAUAGACUAAUCACUGAUUAUUACAAUUAGUAGUGAAUUAAUAAGUGAUUACUAAUUGAUUGAAUCAAUUGAUGGCUUCGGUUGAGAAGGAGGGCAUUCAGAAGCAGAUCCAACAGGACUGGGCUAACAGGGAGUACAUUGAGAUCAUCACCGGAUCCAUCAAAAAGAUCGCAGACUUCUUGAAUUCGUUUGACAUGUCUUGUAGAGGAAGACUCGCUUCACUUAAUGAGAAGUUGACGUCUUUGGAGAGAAGGAUUGAAUACUUGGAGGCAAAGGUAACAAAAGGCGAAACACUUAAUUGAUUGCUAUUAU